CUUUUCCUGCCUGGCUUGUGGGCUGAAUGUGGUGACUUUACGGUGAGCCAGGGACGAGUUUGUGUGUGGAUUACUAUUGAGGGCAUGUCAGGAUCCUGUUUGAAUUGCUGAAUGAUUGAAAGUGAACGUGAUGUCUAAGCUCAGGUUUUGGCUUUGCCUCUUUAUUCUGGUGUGCUUGAGGAUAUGCCACACACACGGCUGGUUCUGGUUUGAUGACUCGAAAGAAAAUGUGAAGGGCACACAGACACCGGCCUACCUGACAACCAUAAGGCCCACAUCACCACCGAGGACAGAACCGCCCAGAACAACAGGUACAGGUGCUUCCGUAACUGAGGUCCCGAAAAAGGUCAGUUAUGAUGGAGAUCAUUUCGAGGGGAAAUCAGAGUCUAGGUCUAGGUUGGGGAUUGAGUCAGAAUCUAUAACUGGGUCAUGGUCUGAAUUUGCUUCUGGAUCCGGAUCCGGAUCUUCGCAAUUUGAAAGACAGGAUGGCUAUGUUACAACAACCAACGUUUUGGGAAUUGCUACUGAAAAUGCAAGUUUGCACAUAAGAAAUCUCACAUUGGAGACCAAAGAGGACCAGUUGGAUGGACUUCAGAGCAUCAACGACACAACAGACAGUCGAUUUAAUAAAAGCAUGAAUGUUCCUUAUAAAAAUGUUAGCACUUAUAAUGAUACAAAUGGGAAUAAUUCUACAGAGCAUGAUUAUGAUAACAUGUCAUUGUAUUCCUCUGAAUACAGUGUCUCAGAAAAUGUACUAACCAUUGAAAGUGAGUUUUUAGUAGCUAGCAUGCCAAAAGUCAUUGAAUCCCCACGCUGCUUGCCAGUCGAUUCUGGUUUGCCGUUUUGCACUAAAAUGGGAGUGGAGAGUUUCGCAGUGCCAAAUUUUCUCAAUCAAAGCAGUGUGGAGGAAGUUCAGGCAAUUAUGACCCAGUGGGCAUGGCUUUUGCGGUCAAACUGCCAUCAUAGCUUGGAAUGGUUUUUCUGCCUGCUGUUGACCCCGCGGUGUGGCCCGCCUGGACUACCGCCCCUGCUGCCCUGUCACAGUUUCUGCGAGGUCCUGCGUGACAGUUGUUGGACACUCCUGGAUGAGGGCCGCCUCCCCGUGGAGUGCCACUCUCUGCCUGAAGAGAAGCAUGAUGGGUAUCGGUGCUUGUCAGUUAGUAACCAGAAAGAAGAAAGUGGAGUGUCGUUGUUGCAGUUAAUUGGUGAUCCUCCACCUGAUGGCGUCUCCAAAGUCUUUGACCAUGAUAACAGCCCUGGCUAUGUGUUUGACCAAAGCUCCAAUGUGGGUCAGUCAGCCGCGGCCCACCUGCCCAACCCUUUCUUCCGUGACUUCUCCCUUAUCUUCAACAUUAAACCCACGUCCUCCAAGCCUGGUGUCAUCUUCUCAAUCACUGACCCAACCCAGAACUAUAUGUAUGUUGGUGUGAAGCUGUCAGCGGUGGAGAAGGGCAAGCAGUAUAUCAUCUUCUACUACACUGAGCCAGACUCGGAGAGCUCAUAUGAGGCGGCCAGAUUUUCCGUGCCUUCCAUGGUGAACACCUGGACCCGCUUUUCCAUCAGUGUUUUGAAUGAGCGUGUUUCCCUCUACUUCAACUGUGACUCAGAUCCUCAGGUCAUGAGUUUUGAGCGGUCUCCAGAUGAUAUGGACCUGGAUGCCGCGGCUGGAGUGUUUGUUGGUCAUGCAAGUGGAGCAGACCCUGAUAAGUUUUUGGGUGUUAUCGGCGAUGUAAGAGUGUUGAAAGACCCUGGGGCGGCUGAACGGCACUGUGAAGAAGAUGAGGAUGACUUCGAUGCGGGAUCAGGUGAUUACGGAGCAAGUGGAGAUGGAGAAGGACGACCAUCAAUCCAGCCGACACCUCCCUCCUCUCGGCCGAUCCAGCAGCCGCCGGUCACCAGCAGACCUCAUGUUGACAAGCAGCUGACAGGCUCAGUCGAUUCCUCUCGGUCCUACGGUGAUUCUCGACAAACAUCUGGCUCAUAUGGCGGUUCUCAAAAAACAUCUGGUCCUUAUGGGGAUUCCCGAAAAACCUCUAUCUCCUACGGUGAUUCCUGGCAAACAUCUGGCUCAUAUGGUGUAAAAGGAGAGAAAGGAGACAGAGGAGAGAAGGGUGACAAAGGUGAGAGGGGUCUUGCGGGGCCGAAGGGUGAUUCAGGAUCUGGAUCUGGUGGCAGUGCUAAAGGAGAGAAGGGGGACGCAGGAGAGAAAGGAUUGAAGGGUAGUUCUGGUUUUGGUUAUCCUGGAUCAAAGGGUGACCGUGGCCCUCCUGGUCCUCCAGGGCCUCCUGGACCCCCAGGGCCCAGUGCAGAGGUAGAAGUGAGGGGAGAUGGGUCCGUUAUGCAGAAGGUGACAGGACCAAGAGGACCACCUGGACCACCAGGACCGCCUGGCCCUGCUGGAGCUGAAGGGGAGCCGGGUGACCCUGGUGAAGAUGGAAAAGCUGGCCAAGUUGGACCUCCAGGUUUUCCAGGAACUCCUGGGAGUCCUGGACCCAAAGGAGAGAAAGGAGAGCGAGGUGAAAGUCAGCCAGGACCUCGAGGUCCUCCAGGGCUUCCAGGCCCACCGGGACCCCCAUCUCGCUCUGAUAGGCCUACAUUUGUGGACAUGGAGGGUUCUGGAUUUGAUCUGGACAGUGUGCGGGCAAUGCCUGGUUUGCCUGGCCUACCUGGUCCUGCUGGUCCCCCUGGCCUCCCUGGUCCCCCUGGCCCUGGGUCUUCAGGCUCUGGUGGUUUUGGGCCUCCAGGUCCUCCUGGGCAAAAUGGAGCUCCAGGUCAACCGGGACUUCCAGGUUUACCAGGGGCUGAUGGAAAACCAGGCUUAGCAGGCCCUAAAGGAGAGAAGGGUGAUGCCGGUGAGCUGGGCCUACCUGGACCUGUGGGAGAGAAGGGUGCCAAAGGUUCUUCUGGUUCCCCCGGCCUUCCUGGAGAGGGUGGACUUGCUGGGCUUCCAGGACCAAUGGGACCUGUUGGGCCACCAGGGCCACCUGGUCCUCCUGGCCCAAGAUAUCAUGUUGGUUUUGAUGAUAUGGAGGGUUCUGGUGUUCACUUCAGUUCAGUCCCUGGAGUAAGAGGACCAGUAGGAAUCCAGGGACCUCCUGGUGUCCCAGGACCACAAGGUACACCUGGUGUCCCAGGAAUUCCUGGUGAGAAAGGCAGUGAGGGACCUCAGGGAAAUGAUGGCCAACCUGGUUUGGAUGGAUUUCCUGGACCGCAGGGACCAAAGGGCAACAAGGGAGACAGAGGUGACCGGGGUGAACCUGGUCGAGAUGGAGCUGGACUUCUAGGUCCUCCCGGCCCCCCUGGACCACCUGGACAAAUUAUUUAUCGUUAUUAUGAAAAUAAUGAUGAAACUGGAGGAGCAAGGCCUCAGGGUGGGGCUGGUCUUCCUGGUCAAGCAGGAUUCCCAGGCCCAGUAGGACCAAAGGGUGACCAAGGAGAUCCUGGAUCACCAGGCUACGGCAUUAAGGGUGAGAAAGGAGAACCUGGACUUAUUCUUGGACCUGAUGGAAACCCAUUUUACCUUGGUGGAGUGAUAGGCCAAAAGGGUGAGAGUGGGUUUCCUGGACCAGUCGGACCUCCUGGUCCAGCUGGACCUCCUGGUUUGAAAGGUGAAUUUGGAAUGCCAGGCAGACCCGGUCGGCCAGGUAUAAAUGGAUACAAAGGAGAGAAGGGAGAGUCAGGGUCAGGCUCUGGAUAUGGCUACCCAGGUCCCCCUGGUCCCCCAGGACCCCCUGGUCCCCCUGGACCUGCUGUGCCCUUGGACAGAUUUGGUAGAUAUGAAGAUUAUUCGAGACAGUAUCCAGCUAUGAAAGGAGAGAAAGGAGACCAGGGUUCUCCUGGAGUUCCAGGGUCGCCAGGUUUUUCCUCUAACAUUGAUAUCUAUGCCCUCAAGAAUGAGAUGAAGGGGGAGCAGGGGGAGCCCGGUCUUAAAGGAGAGAAAGGAGAGCCAGGAGGAGGAUUUUAUGACCCUCAUUUUGGAGCUGUACAGGGACCACCAGGAAACCCUGGACCUCCUGGACCUAAAGGAGACUCAAUCAGAGGUCCCCCUGGACCACAGGGUCCACCAGGAUCACCUGGUGUUGGUUAUGAUGGUCGUCCAGGAAACCAAGGACCUCCUGGACCCCCUGGACCUCCAGGGUCACCAUCAUUGCCAGGAGCCUACAGGCCACAACUCAGUAUUCCCGGACCUCCAGGUCCCCCGGGGCCUCCUGGAGUUCCUGGCACUGGAUCUGGAGUGACUUUCCUGAGGUCUUAUGACAUAAUGAUGGCUACGGCACGCAGACAGUCUGAAGGUGCUUUGAUUUACAUUUUGGACAGAAACGAUCUCUACCUCAGAGUUCGGGAUGGUGUCAGACAAGUGAUGCUUGGAGAUUAUAACCCCUUCUACGGAGAGCUGGACAAUGAAGUGGCAGCGGUCCAGCCGCCCCCUGUUGUUCACUAUUCCCAAGACCACACAGCUGACAAUGGAGCAAAACAGAUUUCUCCACCGCACCAGCCGAUCGAGUUUCCGAGGAGGGAGCCAGAGAAUAGAAACCCCAAUCCACCAGACUCCCGUUACCCAGAUCCACGAUACCCACCCUACACCGAACCCAUACAACCACACAGACACCCCGUUCAACCUGAGAGGAACCCCAGCACUCCAGCCCGCCGCCCUAGCCCUCCUGUCAAUCAACCAGAGGGCCACAUCCACACUUCUGGACCAGGGUUGCAUCUUAUCGCCCUGAAUUCUCCACAAGUGGGCAACAUGAGAGGCAUUCGUGGGGCAGACUUCCUGUGCUUCCAGCAGGCUCGGGCCGUGGGCCUGAAGGGAACGUUCAGAGCCUUCCUGUCUUCCAAACUUCAAGAUCUCUAUAGUAUCGUCCGCAGAUCUGACAGAGAGACGUUACCGAUUGUUAACUUCAAGGAUCAAGUCCUUUUCAGAAGCUGGGAGUCUCUCUUCAGCGACUCAGAGAGCAGGAUGAAGGACAGUGCUCCUAUCUACUCAUUUGAUGGCAGAGAUGUCCUGCGGGACAGUGCCUGGCCAGAGAAGAUGAUCUGGCAUGGUUCCGAUGGCAGGGGUCACAGGCAGACGGAUAACUACUGUGAGACGUGGAGGGCCGGAGACCGUGCGGUGACAGGCUUGGCCUCGUCUCUGCAGGCUGGCCAACUCCUCCAGCAGACCUCCAGCAGCUGCUCCAGUUCCUACAUCGUGCUGUGUAUCGAGAACAGCUACAUGACACAAUCCAAGAAAUAAAGCCAUGCUAAAGAGCCUUUGAACACUCAACACAACCGUUUAUACAGGCCCAGUAUCACUUCAGCAGAAUCCUGUAUCUAACGAAAAAAUCGAAAAUUAUAAAAAUAUUAAAAAAGAACUGAGUCUGCCUUAAGGAGAAGUUGCGAGUCAUCUGUUCCCUCACUGUAACGCCAAAGAGGCAGGUUGAAUGUGGAGGUGUUUGCUCUCUCUCAGGGCAUUGGCACAUAUUUUUCAGGUGGUUAAACCAGAAAAGUGAGGCCUACCAAGGCAGUGUUUCAAAAUUUAUCCAUAUAGAAUUUUGUAUAUGAAUUGUUUGUUGUCUGUUUUUUUUUUGUUUUUUUUUGAAGAUGUGUUAAUUGGUAUAUUUAACCAAUUUUAGCUAUUUUUUUCCACUUAUUUGUCUGUACCGUUUCCAUUUUCAUUCAAGGUUUGUUAAAUAACCUGACAUCUUAGUUUUCGGAUUCGAAAAGAGAAAAUAUUUAUUUAGCAAUAAAGAAAGCUAAAAUAUGAUUUGAAACUGCAAACCAUACUUUUCUAUUUUAGUGAGCACUUUUACAUACUUCCACAGUUAAAAGUGCAAGUGCUAAAAAUGGUCAUGUUCUCAAAAAACUCAACAGUUGGCAAAAAUAUGAUUUGAAUAAUUAAAUGCUUAUCCCUUGAAAGACUUUUCAUAAAAAUAUAUAUAUAUAUAUAUUUUAAAUACUUUUGUUGCAUCUAUGGGAUCACUGUGUGUUUCUAUUGUGAUUGAUGUGAAAUUUCAUAUGGCCAUUCUUCUUCGUGUCAUUGUUUUACACUUCUGGUUGAUUCCAGAAGUUUUGAUAAAGCAAAGUGACUGAUUUAAAGCUGCAGUAGGUAACUUUUGUAAAAAUAUAUUUUUUACAUAUUUGUUAAACCUUUCAUUAUGUCCUGACAGUAGAAUAUGAGACAGAUAAUCUGUGAAACAAUCAAGCUCCUCUGGCUCCUCCCAGUGGUCCUAUUGCCAUUUGCAGAAAGUCAUGCGCUCCCGGUAAAAAACAACCAAUCAGAGCUGCGGUCCGUAACUUUGUUUGUGUUCAAAAUGUAGAAAAAUGUAUAUAAUAAGUGAGUACACUAUGAAUCCAUUUUCCAAACCGUGUUUUUAGCUUGUCCUGAAUCACUAGGGUGCAUCUAUAAUAAGUGUUUAUAUUCAGACUAUUUUAGAUUGCUUCGGGGGUACCGCGGCGGAGUAACCCAGUACCUUUGUGAUUCUUCAUAGACAUAAACAGAGAGGAGUAGUUCCGGCUACGAUGUUCUUCCGCAAGACGCAAGCAGUUCUGUUUAUUAACCGCUAGAGCGUCAAAAGUUCCCUACCGCAGCUUUAAGUCAAGAGAAGAAGCUGCAAGAUUUUUGCAACAAAUAUUAAUGUAAAAAAAUAUUUUAUGCAAAAAUAGUAGUUACAUGUCCUUUUAUUCAUUGGACAUUUCAGAGGCUUUGGUUGCAUUUGGUGCUUUUCACUGAUGAAACAGCUGCUGACAGUGUUGUUUGGGAGAGACCGAUGUGUUUUGAUUUGAUCUUUUGAUCUUAUAUCCAUCCAGAAUUUCAGACACUUAAUCCACUGUAGUGCUACUGAUGAAUUCAGUACAACCCUGUGAGCUUUUUGUCUUUUUUUUUUGUCUUUUUUUUUUUUAAAGCAGUAUGUGCUGUACCUUGUCUUAGAGGCUCUGAAUAAAUUUAGUUUUUGUUUGCCACAAUAAUUCAGGCAAUAGUUCUUGUGUAUCAAAAUCUAUUUCCUUAAAACCUGAUCUGUCUAUACUCUGUUGUCCAUUAAUGCACAAUAUUAACAUAUCAGAUACCAUGCACAAGCCAUUUCAUAUCAUGAAUGUGUUUACUGUUCACUGCCUGAUUACUUAAAAAAUAAAUAAAGAUACAUUUUUCCUUCCACAA